AUGGCAGAAGAAACCACAGCCCCAGUCACUCCUGCUGCACCAGCUAAAGAAGCCCAAGAAAGAGGUCAAGAAGAAGGCAGCCUCAAAGGCUAUACCUCUUUUUGGAAUGACUGUAUCUCCUCUGGGCUGAGAGGAUGCAUGCUCAUUGAGCUGGCUUUAAAGGGAAGACUGCAGCUGGAGCCGUGUGGCAUGAGAAGGAAGAGACUGCUCACCAGGAAGGUUUUCUGUAAAAAUGACAAUCCAGAAGGAGAAGAGGUGCUGCAGAAGACACUGGAGAGAAUGAAAGACUGUGAGCCACCGGUGUCUCGCAACACUCUGACCGCUUGGACGGAUCUGCUCCUUGGAUCGACGUGGAACCCCCUAAAGCUGCACUACAAGCUUAGAAACGUGUGUGAGCAUUUCGCCAAGCACUUGGUUGAGAAGGGUGUGCUUACCACAGAAAAGCAGAACUUCCUCCUGUUUGACAUGACCGUGCACUCGCUCACUAACGGCACCAUAAAACAACAACUUGUGUGGCAAGUUCAGGCAGCUGUGCUGGAUAAAUGGGUAAAUGAGCCCCAGAGAAUGGACAAGUGCUUGCUGGCACUGCUCUUCUUGGCCCACUCUUCUGACGUGAACUCAGAGUAA